GGCUGAUCCAUUCGGAUUUACGUAUUAGCUGUAAAACACCACCCGACUGGAUUAUUGUAUCCGCUCUGACAGUGAAUACCACCCCAUAAAUUUGCAUUUGCUGCGCUUGUGAUUCUUUUCCAGCCAACCCAACAGUUCACUUUCAUUCCUGACCCUUAUUAGCAAUGAAUUUAUCCACGAGGCAGACUGCCUUAUUGCUGGCCGUACUGACGACAACGACCGACGCGUUCGCCCCGUCUCGGUCAGCUACCGCAACGUUCCGAGCGAUUGUAACGUCGCCCAAAUUCGGAAUAGUUCCGAAAGUCCCACUCCGAUCCGCUCCCGUUCUUAAAUCCGCCGAUACGGACGACGAAGAGAUCGAACGACUCAAGUCCAUGGCGGCCAAACUGCGUUCGGAGGCAGCCAAUUUGGAAGCCUCGCAAAAACAGCAAAUUGCCGACGCCGCUGAACGAGCCUUUCGCAAGUUCGAUACCAACCAAGACGGCGAGAUCUCGCUGGCAGAACUAAAAGCUGGACUCGAAAAGAACCUCAAAAUGGAACUUUCAGAGACCCGGGUCAAAAUGCUUAUGCAUGAUUUCGACAAGACGGGCGAUGGGACGCUUAAAUUGGAAGAAUUCGUGACUGUCGAACAGUUUCGCAAUAAACUUGACGCCUUGGCGCGGGACGAAAAGGCGCAGGCUCUGCAAGCAAAGCGAGCGGCACAACAAGAAGAAGAGGCUUCCAAGUUUCUGCAGGCCCGUCUCGAUAUGAUUAACGACCGCGCACCCACCACGCAAGACAAGCUAAUCUCGGUAUUACCGUACCUAUUUCCACUCCUGGAUGGUCUCCAGUUUGCCCGCUUUCUCGUUCUGGAAAACCCCGACAAUCCGAUCUCCGGAAUUAUUGCGCUUUCGUACGCCUUGUACCGGAGUAUCCCGUUUGGAGGUUUUAUUGCUUUUUUUGCGCUUUCCUUCUUGUCCGGGAACCCCACCAUCAACCGUUUGAUCCGUUACAAUAUGCAGCAGGCCAUCUUUUUGGACAUUGCCUUGUUCUUCCCCGGAUUGAUCGCUGCCGUUUUCAGUUUAGUGGGGGGUGGAAAGUUCUUGCCACAGGGUGUGACGGAGAUUGGUUCCGACGUCAUGUUCGUUACGCUGCUCGCCACACUGGGGUACUGUACCGUGAGUUCGCUCUUGGGCGGCACGCCCGACAAGAUCCCCAUCAUUAGCGAAGCCGUCAAUGCCCGUAUACCGACGGUGGACAUGUUCGACGUCCAAGGUCGCUUUACUCCGAAACGUACUGAUUCACCGAAUGCCGAAACCGACGAAGAUGACGAACGCAAAAAGGACAAGAAGGAUUAGAAGUCUCUUCUAGGACACACCGGCGUGCGAUUCAGCAAUGAUUGUGACACAUACACACACAGACCAACGCCAUACCACAGGGACCCGCAUGCACCUAAUAUUUAUAUAUACUCAACAAUCCAUACAUAUAGUGGAUAAAACUGUAGAGAGAAUAACAAGGAUCAAAGGGUAGCACAAAUAGGGCUGCAGUCCAAUGGCAGCUGCAU